AUGAACCUCUCAUAUCCGAUCACUCGUUUCAUCGGUCGAGAUCUGGAUUUGACUCCGAAUUUCUUCGGUGUUACCACGUAUGAUUCGGAUGAGAUGAAGAACGGCUCAUAUGCGUCAAAUAUCAAAGACCUCAAAGUUGUCGUGCUGCAUUUCCGUGCUCAUAAGCCUGCGGAUUGGUCCGAAGACGACAUCUAUGCAUGGGAGCGUGGUGUUGGUAAAUACUUCAGAGAAACUGAUGAACUACCACUGAUCAAAACGUAUAUAGUUUCGUUGGCAUACACUCAAGAUGAAGUUGUACGAACUGGCUUGACCAUAUUUCCAUAUAUAUUCGUUGGAUUUGCCAUUAUGUGUGUUUUUUCGAUUCUGACCGUUUUCAUUGGAUCGAAAUAUCAACACCAGUGGUCUAUUCACAAAAUUACUUAUGCCGUAACCGCAUGCACGACACCACUGCUGGCCACAACGACCGCAUUCGGGAUAGCGAUCAGCCUUGGAUUCCGGUUUGGCACUGUACUUUGCGUUACACCGUUUCUUGUUUUAGCUAUCGGUGUUGAUGAUGCAUUUUUGAUGAUAAAUGCUUGGAACCGCGUCUGCGGAAAGCGAAUUCGGAGUGGAAUAAAAGACGAUCUGAGAGAGCGAAUGGCUGAGGUUCUGGUCGAUGUUGGACCAUCGAUUACAAUCACAUCAUUUACGAAUGCUGUAGCGUUCGGCAUGGGAACAUUCAUGCCAACACCAGAAAUUCGCCUGCUCUGCAUUUACACUGCAAUCGCAUUGUUCUUGGACUACAUCUACACAAUCACUAUCUAUGCGGCCAUUAUGAGCAUUGGGGGUCGUUUUGAGAUGCGAGCUGAGAAAACCGUGCCGAAAUCUUGUGAUGGAAAAGAUAAACGCAAAAUGAGAACGUGCUGUAAUGCAGAAUAUAAUGGUGAUAUCAUCAGUCUUGCUGUGAAGUUUGUUUUCAGAAUGAUGAAAUUGAAUCCAUCAAAUAAUGCCUUUCAGUUGGCCGUGUUUUUGGAUAACUACUGCAAUUGGCUAUCGAGUGGAUUCACAUCGAUUAUAAUGCUGAUUUUAUUAUCGUUGUACUGGUGGGCAAGUAUAAAAGGAGCAAUGAAUACACGAUCGAGUUUGACACCUGAAAAAUUGUUCCUUGCAGAUUCGCCGAUGAUUGAGAUGAGCGCCAUACGAAACAAAUACAUUCUACCGGUAUAUUCAUUUGUCACCGUGUUCGUACGUAAUCCCGGUGACCUACAAAAUGCGUCACGAUUGGAACGAGUCGAAAGUAUGGUUGAGGAAUUCGAAUCGAUUCCGUCGUGUACUGGAUCAGAAUUCACGAAAUUCUGGAUUCGUGACUACAAAGCGUAUUUGAAAUUGAUUUCUGAAGAAUUUGCCGAGGACACAACCCAAGAUCCGGCACCAUUCUCAUCAGCUGAUCUUAAAACAUUCAUUGAAUGGCCUGAAUACCGUCAUUGGGGUGCAUUCAUGAAGUUCGACAAUGAAACCAAUCAGUUCACUUCCUUCUUUCUCACUAUUCCCUAUCGUGGCAGUAACCAGUCCGAUUGGAGUAUGCGAUUAAAGUUGCUGAAAGAAUGGCGAGCAGUUGCAGACAACUAUGCGGAUAUCGGAGCGAUAAUUUAUGAAGAUGAAGCGCUGUUUAUGGAUCAAAUUGAGAGUAUGCUACCGAUCACAUUGCAAACAUCGAUUGCUACAUUGGCAUGCAUGACUAUCGUUUGCUUCAUUUUCAUGUCAAAUAUUUUCACUGUUCUCAUCGCAGUCUCAUCAAUCACUUCAAUUUGUCUCGGUGUGUUUGGAUUCAUGACAUUAUGGAACAUUGAUUUGGAUCCAAUUUCGAUGUCAACACUGAUAAUGUCAAUCGGUUUAUCGGUUGAUUUCCCGGCUCAUAUCACGUUUCACUAUUAUCGCACCGGACUAAAUCCUUCAUUCACAUCAAUCAAAGAGCGAAUGGCACACUCUUUGAAAGCCAUCGGUUUUCCACUGCUACAGUGCAGUGCAUCCACAGUACUCUUCGUACUCAGUCUUCUUUUUGUCUCGUGUUACAUGAGUGAGGUAUUCGUGAAAGCAAUUGUAUUAGUGAUUGGGCUGGGAAUCACACAUGCACUCGUUGUCGUUCCAGCCAUAUUGUGUGCAUUAUCAAAUAUUUAUCAAUAUCUUGUUGAUUACAAAGACAGUCAGUCAACUUCCUCGCAAGCAACUCGAAUCACAAAAAUAAGCCAAAGCCCGAUGAUGCGGAGGUUUCGUUCACCGGUGGGCAAUAAAGUUCUACCAGUGGUGAAUGAUGAUGCAUCUCGGUGA